CCGGGACCGGAGCCUCGCGCCGCCCGCCCGCCGCGUUUCCCUGCUUCUCAGCCCGGAGCCAGCCGCUUCCCCUCAGUUUGCUCCUUAAAACCACGACAGAAGGUGACGUCCCGAAGAGGAAGGCACCUGGCGGCCAGCCGCCUUCGCCACUCCCUGGACGGGUGGGCGGCCCUGGCACCACUGUUCUCCUCUGUCCCUCUGAAUUUGACUCACCUUGGAAUCUCAGAGCGGUGGAGUCUCGGAGUUGAUGGGAACUGUGGAGGCGCUCCGGUUCAGCCCCCGCCCCAGCCAGUGAGGGAGGCCCUUGUACACGACUCCCUGAGACCCUGCCUGCCUGCCCCGUGCUCAGAAACACCAGUGAUGAGCCACCUCCUGACAGCCUCUUCUGCUGUUCCUUAGAGGGACGGGCCACUGUCGCUGCCCCCACGCUUCUGUUAGCCCAGUGACUCUGACCUUAUUUCCGCUUUAUGGGAAAGGACCUCGGUGUUGAUCCUUGUUUGGAUCUUUCCCAGAUGUGAAGGUCCCUCCCUGGGUACUGCUCUGCUCAGACCAACAUUUGGUUGCCCAGGGAUCCUGGUUCACUCCAGCACAGGCUCUUGCCUGGAGAGGGCCCGGCCCCUGCCCUACCCGCUUCCCCGGGCAAGGCUGCCAGGCCUUCCCCACAGCGUGACUCUUUGGGUAACUCAUGGUGUGAGUGGCACGUGGCUGGCUUAGGUGUUUGGAGAGUGAACGCCAGGUACCCGCUUCCCUGCUUCUCCCCACGGACCUCUGGGACACGCCCAACUCCACAAUGGCAGCGGAGACCCUCAACUUUGGGCCUGAGUGGCUGAGGGCUCUUUCCAGUGGUGGCAGUGUGGCCUCCCCACCCCCGUCCCCUGCCAUGCCCAAGUACAAGCUGGCCGACUAUCGCUACGGGCGCGAGGAGAUGCUGGCCCUCUAUGUCAAGGAGAGCAAGGUCCCUGACGAGCUGCAGGACAAGGAGUUUGCUGCCUUGCUGCAGGAGGAGCCGCUGCAGCCCCUCGCGCUGGAGCCGCUGACGGAGGAGGAGCAGAGAAACUUCUCCCUGUCAGUGAACAGUGUGGCCGUGCUGAGGCUGAUGGGGAAAGGGGCUGGGCCCCCUCUAGGUGGCGCCUCCCGUGGCAGGGGCAGCACACGGAGCCGAGGCCGUGGCCGCGGUGACAGUUGCUUUUACCAAAGAAGCAUUGAAGAAGGUGAUGGGGCCUUUGGCCGAAACCCCCGGGAGAUCCAGCGUAGCCAGAGUUGGGAUGACAGAGGCGAGAGGCGGUUUGAGAAAUCGGCCAGAAGGGAUGGAGCACGCUCCGGGUUUGAUGAGGGAGGGGCUGGCCCGAGGAAGGAGCAUGCCCGCUCAGAUAGCGAAAACUGGCGUUCUCUCCGAGAGGAGCAAGAGGAAGAAGAGGAAGGCAGCUGGAGACUCGGGGCAGGACCCCGGCGAGACGGUGACCGCUGGCGCUCCGCCAGCCCUGAUGGUGGCCCCCGCUCUGCUGGCUGGCGGGAACAUGGGGACCGGCGUCGCAAGUUUGAAUUUGAUUUGCGAGGGGAUCGAGGAGGGUGUGGUGAAGAGGAGGGGCGGGGUGGGGGGGCCAGUUCUCACCUCCGGAGGUGCCGGGGGCCUGACGGCUUUGAUGAUGACAAGGAUGGGCUCCCGGAGUGGUGCCUGGACGAUGAGGACGAAGAAAUGGGCACCUUCGAUGCCUCCGGGGCCUUCCUGCCUCUCAAGAAGGGCCCGAAGGAGCCUAUUCCUGAGGAGCAGGAGCUCGACUUCCAGGGCCUGGAGGAAGAGGAGGAAGAACCUUCCGAAGGGCUGGACGAGGAGGGGCCGGAGGCGGGUGGGAAGGAACUGACCCCACUGCCUCCUCAGGAGGAGAAGUCCAGCUCCCCAUCCCCACUGCCCACCUUGGGCCCACUCUGGGGAGCUAAUGGGGAAGGCGAUGACCCGGUGGAGAAAGACCUGCCUGCAGCUGAAGGAGAUGACAUGAGGGGAAUGCAGCUAAGUCCUGGGGCGGGCUCACCCCCCGGCCCACCAGACCUGGAAGAUGAUGAAGGCUUGAAGCACCUGCAGCAGGAGGCGGAGAAGCUCGUGGCCUCCCUGCAGGACAGCUCCCUGGAGGAGGAGCAGUUCACGGCCGCCAUCCAGGCCCAGGGCCUGCGCCACUCUGCAGCCGCCACUGCCCUCCCCCUCAGCCACGGUGCAGCCCGGAAGUGGUUCUACAAGGACCCGCAGGGCGAGAUCCAAGGCCCCUUCACGACCCAGGAGAUGGCGGAGUGGUUCCAGGCGGGCUACUUCUCCAUGGCUCUGCUGGUGAAGCGGGGCUGUGAUGAGGGCUUCCAGCCUCUGGGUGAGGUGAUCAAGAUGUGGGGUCGCGUACCCUUCGCCCCCGGGCCCUCACCUCCCCCGCUGCUGGUGAGUGUACCCGCUUUGGCGUGGAACAGGGAAGGGAGGCAGGAGCCCGGCAGAGGGAAGCGGUGGGUGCAGAGCCAGACGGGGGCAAAGCCACGGGGACGCUGUGGCCUCACUCAGGGGAACAUGGACCAGGAGCGGCUGAAGAAGCAACAGGAGCUGGCAGCAGCCGCCUUGUACCAGCAGCUGCAGCACCAGCAGUUUCUUCAGCUGGCCGGCAGCAGCCGCCAGCUCCCGCAGUGCAUGCUCCGGGAAAAGGCAGCUCUGGGAGACCUGCCGCCACCGCAGCAGCAGCAGCUCACCGCGUUCCUGCAGCAGCUCCAAGCUCUCAAACCCCCCAGGGGCGGGGACCAGAACUUGCUCCCGACGAUGAACCGGUCCUUGUCGGUGCCAGACUCGGGUCCCCUCUGGGACAUACAUACCUCAGCCUCACCACAGUCAGGUGGUGAGGCCAGUCUUUGGGACAUACCAAUUAACUCUUCGACUCAGGGUCCAAUUCUAGAACAACUCCAGCUGCAACACAAAUUCCAGGAGCGCAGAGAAGUGGAGCUCAGGGCGAAGCGGGAGGAGGAGGAGCGCAAGCGCCGGGAGGAGAAGCGCCGCCAGCAGCAGCAGCAGCACGAGGAGCAGAAGCGGCGGCAGGAGGAAGAGGAGCUGUUCCGGCGCAAGCAGGUGCGGCAGCAGGAGCUGCUGCUGAAGCUUCUGCAGCAGCAGCAGGCGGUAGCCACUGUCCCCGUGCCUCCUGCGCCCAGUUCCCCGCCCCCGCUGUGGGCCGGCCUGGCCAAGCAGGGCCUGUCCAUGAAGACGCUGCUGGAGCUGCAGCUGGAGGGCGAGCGUCACCUGCACAAGCAGCCCCCGCCUCGGGAGCCAUCGCGGGCUCAGGCCCCCAACCACCGCGUGCAGGUCGGGGGCCUGGGCUCCGCCCCCCUGAACCAGUGGGUAUCUGAGGCCGGGCCACUGUGGGGCGGGCCCGACAAGAGUGGGGGCAGCAGCGGCCUGGGACUCUGGGAAGACACCCUCAAGAGCAGCGGGAGCCUGGCCCGGAGCCUGGGCCUGAAGAACAGCCGCAGCAGCCCCUCUCUCAGUGACUCGUACAGCCACUUGUCUGGUCGGCCUGUGCGCAAAAAGACAGAGGAGGAAGAGAAGCUGCUGAAGCUGCUGCAGGGCAUCCCCCGGCCCCAGGAUGGCUUCACCCAGUGGUGUGAGCAGAUGCUGCACACGCUGAGCACCACGGGCAGCCUGGACGUGCCCAUGGCUGUAGCGAUCCUCAAGGAGGUGGAAUCCCCCUAUGACGUCCACGACUAUAUCCGUUCCUGCCUGGGGGACACGCUGGAAGCCAAAGAAUUUGCCAAACAAUUCCUGGAGCGGAGGGCCAAGCAGAAGGCCAGCCAGCAGCGGCAGCAGCAGCAGGAGGCUUGGCUGAGCAGCGGCUCCCUGCAGACAGCCUUUCAGACCAACCACAGCACCAAGCUCGGCCCCGGGGAGGGCAGCAAGGCCAAGAGGCGGGCGCUGAUGCUGCACUCGGACCCCAGCAUCUUGGGUGAGUGUGGAGCGGGGAGGUGGCUCCUUCCUCAGAAUCGGGCAGGAGCCUGGGUGGGCGAGUUCAAACCCAGCUUCCCCUGGCUUCAGGGUACUCCUUGCACGGACCUUCUGGUGAGAUCGAGAGCGUGGAUGACUACUGACCAGCCCGUCCCACCAGCGCCCAGGGCUGUAGGCCAGGGGCAGCAGCAGCGGCUUGGACCCCUGGGUCCCCAGCCUGCAGGCUCCCCACAGGGAGCAUAGGAGGAAGCAGGGGCAGGGUCCCCAGCACUUGUUACAAACCACACGAUGCACCUUAACUCACCCACCACGAGGCACUUUACAGAUUGAGGGGGGAAGGGUUUUGUUUUUGUUUUUUUUGGUUUUAGUUUUAAACGACAUUGAAGGAAACAUAGGAGAGACAAAAAAAAUGGUUAAAAAGUAGACUCUAAGCACUCCUCUUCCCUUUGUCGGAUAGGGGGAGUGAUAAUGGAAGAUCCACAGAGGUUUUUGGUUUUGUUUUUGUUUUUUUUAAGAAAAAAGAAAAACAACAAAAAAAAAUGGUUAGGAGACUGAAAGUAAAAACACACUGUUAUUUGGGGCAGUGGGGACAUGGGCCCCACGGACCUGUCCUGCUUGGCCCCCGAGGCUGCACUUACCCUCCCCGCCCCACAAGGUGGGCCACUGGGGUAACUGGAAGCUGGGGCGCCAGCAGUUUGCACAGCGAGGCCCCCUCAAGCCCCGCCAGCCGGACCCGCUGUGAACGGCCCCCUUGUGCUGUGACUGUGGCAGAGGUGUCUGGGGCCGGGGGGCCUGGCCCGAGUAGCCCCUUGGCUUUGCUGCUUCGGGGAAAGUUGCACAAAUGCACGAGGCGCCUCAGCGCCCCAGGCAGCCACCCUGCGCCGGCUGACGGAGUGAAUGGGAGAGGGCCUGCAGUGCCAACCUCAUCUGGCUGUCAUCAGGCCGGCAGAACUUCCACUCUGGCCCUGGUGAGGGGCUUCCCCCGCCGCUGCCAUUCGGGGGGCUGGCCUGGGUAUGAAGCUGAAAGGCCCAGCUCCCUGCCUUGCCACAUGAAUGUAUUCUCUGGGCCACGAGCCCCUGCUGCGCCCCCUGCCUCAACCCUGAGCAAGGCUGGGGCAGAGCAGUUUCUCCAGGAGCUGGAGAGAGGCACCACUUAACGACUGUUGUUUCUCCUGUGAAGGGGGCAGAGGAGGGGCCAAGGAGGCCACAAGAGUGGGCCACUGGGGGCUUCGGGCUGCAGCAAGGGGCUGUUAGGAGGGAGCCCCCUACCUGCAGCUGCCUGUGUGGGAUGUGGACCACCCAGCUCUGCCCUGACCCCUCUGUUGACCAAAUGGGAGAGGAGCGAGUGGUCUCUCCCCUCCCUGCUCCCCUGAUGUUUUUAAAUGUUGGGUAAGGGUGGGGUGUCAAGAAUGGGAGUGUCUGUCUCUCCUGGGUUGGGGUAGGCUGCCCUUCACCAACUUCUUAUUCCCAAUUACCUACCUAGGUUUGUCUCCAUUCGUGGUUUUUCUUUAUCUUUUGAGUUUCUCAUCUAACUUCUCCCAUGGACCUCAUUGCUCAGAGCGCAGUAUUAGGGCAAGACUCUGCCACUGCCUCCCCUCCAUGAAUGUAUUUAUCCUUCCUGUCCUGGGGAAAUGGGGAGUGGCCCCUGUUUUCUUUCUCCGUCUAUCCCCAGAGAGACGACCUUUUUUUUUCUUUUUUUUUUUUUUUGCACCAAAGUGGCAACUGGGUCAGUGUUGGGGGAUAAAGCUGGCCUCGGGGGUGGAGGGGCCCCCUCCACCUGCUUCUCCCUGGUUUCAACAGUGUUAGCGUCCGUGAAAAGACAAUAUUGUAUUCUCUCUAAAGCAAUAAGGGGGUGAUGGGCCAGGGGGAAACGUCUUGCUGCUGCUGGCCCCCCAGCUCCCCCUCUCCUCAAGCCAGUGUUUGGCGGCAUUAGAGGUGGGGGGGGGUACUGUCGUGACUGAAUGUAACUGCCCCCGCCCCUGCCGCAGCCAAUGCAGGGGAGGGGGGGUGACACUCUUCCCCAUCUCUUCCUUUCCCUACCGCCCCCCCAGCUAAAGAGACUUUGAAUUUAGGGGGCCCUUGAGCCUGGAGAGGCCUUAACCCUGUGAGGAAGUGUAGGGGGAGCCCUCUCCCACCCCCAUCCCCUUCUGAGAGUGGUCAAUGUUUACAAGCCCCUGAGCCCCCCCAGCCCAGGGACUCAGCCCCUUGCUAUCCUUCCCCAGCCCGUCUUCUGGGCCCCAGCUGCUCUCCCACCCUUCCUGGGGUUGGGGUGGAUGCAGGGGUCAUUCUGUAUCCCAUCGUCUGCCUUGUACCCACAAUCUCCCCCACCCCAUGUGACCCCUUCUCUUCCACCUGCCUCUGUAAAUACUCCCCCCCAAUAAAACUUGG